AUCACCAUAUUUUCAUGGCAGUGGCACGCAUUUGGGACUUGGACUUUUCGUGACAGCAUGUCAUUUUCGACAUUUGAUUGAUAAUUUUCCAAAGAUCCAUCAAAUUAGUUUGUUUGAAAGUUACUUUAGGCGCUAAGUGUGUAUAUUUUUUAGUUUCUACCUUUAAAUAAGAAUGUGAGUGAACAGGUCCCGUGUUUGGUUAGCGCGGUUCAAGGUACCCAAGAUGAGUGCUCAGAAAUGCGUUGUUGAGGGCUGCAACUUGGAAUAUGAUGUAGUGUGCAGUUUCUCCUUCUACAAUGUUAACACCUCAUCAGAAGUGGAUGAGAAGAGACAGGAUUGGAUUGAGGGGGCGAUGCAUGAGGAGAGUGAGUGUCUCUGGCGACAUGUUAACUUACAGUUGUGUGGGUAUCACUUUGAAUUGGACUCUCAGGGCCUUUGGAUAGACUCACCAAUGCUACCUGAGCUCCUGUCGCCUCAGGAACAAGCUGCAAUGAGACAAACCCCCGAAGAGAAGAAAGCCGCUGAAAUAAUUCGCGUGGAACACAAUUAUAGUAUGGAGGCUUGUAAGCAAGAGCCGGAGUCUAUUUCUCGUCUGAAUGUCAGGCAAUUAGUUGAUACUCUCGGUUAUCUAUCACUCAAGAAUCUACAGAAGAAGCAAUUAUGGGUGGUGAAAGUGGAAAGUGAUAAAGCUGAAGCCUCCAUCACCCAGUCGGAGCAGGUCAUCACCAAGAUGCAGGAUCCUAAACAGAUUAUAGAGAUUAUCCCACAAACAUCUCAAUCAGUAGACAAUAGUCUUCAAAACCAGACCGAAGUGCUUCAAAUGAUAGACGAUGGCACAAUUGGAGAUAACUUUAUAUAUGAGAUUGCUGAAGAACAAGAGAUAACCAUGGAUGAAGUGAAGGAAAUACCGGCUGCUGAGAAUCAGGAGUGGACUGUUAAUAUAAUACCGGACGACUCUAAACCCAAAUAUGCAUACAUCAAACAUUGCAACUCGGGCAAGAAGAAGCGACACUUCACAUCAGAAAUGAAUACAAUCUCUUUACAAGGUGACUUCGAAAACUACUAUAUCCUCCCCGAUGUAGACCCUUCAGUUGGUGUCGAAAUCACCACCAGCUACGACCAGGAAAACUACAUAGUCGAAGAGUAUCCCCACUUGGUCUUAGAGGAGCGGCCACGAAAACGUGAUCCCGAAAGAAAGAGGAAAAAAAAAACUCCCCCUACUGUUAGACAGCAAGUAAAGCAGAUAAAAACUGAAAUUGGCGAAGACUGGGUGAUUGACAGUAAUAUAUAUGAGGAGCAAGAUGAAGAAUAUGAUGACAAGAAAGCGGCCCGGGUGAGGAGAAAAAAUAAAAAAUAUUUAGGAUAUGAUUUUGUCACAUAGAUUUGUAUCUUUUGAGUUGUACACAGGUUUCAGAUCCUGAGAUGGAAAUAUAAUAAAAAUUGUCAAAGUGACGGUUUGUAUUAAUUUAGAUAUCACAAACUAAAUUAAGAAUUAUCAAUUCCUUUCUUUUUGAUUGAUUCAAAAAUGUGGAUAAUAUUAAAUUUAGAUAAUUUGACUGUUUGAUAUCUUAUUCCACCUCAGGUAUCUGUUCUUUGGGACGAGCAUACUGCAAUAUUUAAAAUACUGUUGUUGAUUCAUUGUCAUAAUGAAUUGCAGUGGUAAAAUAAAUUAUCUGAAUAGAAUUUUGGAUGACCCAUAAAAUUUUGUUUUAGGUGUAUUUAAAUGAUUUUUCAACGAAUGUCUAAUACAGAAAAGCCAUUAAUAAAGGAACUAUAUUAAGAAGGUUGGUUCUCACUCUCAUAAAACAGGGUCAGCAGUUAUUUUAAAAAGCUCCGUUUGAUUAAUCUUAGUGUGAAAAGAAACAUGGCAAAUACGAAAUGGAGAUUUAUUCCUGUGUAAAAUCAACUCAAAUAAGGAGCUAAUUAAAAAUCUUAAACCUACUCCUUAAUUACAUAACUGGAAAUAAAAUGUGUAGUAUAGAUAUUAAUAUAUUAUAAAUGUAUUUUUUUGCUUCCUAAAUAAUCAUUAUUAGUGUAAUUCACGUUAUUAAUGUUAAGAAAAUUUUGAUCUACCCUCACAACGAAUUAAUUCCUAACAGAGAUAAACAUUUUGAGGGUAGAUGAAUAUUUUAUUGUUUGUCAAUAGUAUAGUUUUCUUUACAAAUAACUGCUUCAAGAUUAAUCUUAGGUGAUUUUCUAAUGUUGUUGGGGUAGUGUUUAAUUCAAAAUGCUAAUUGUGUUACUCCAUGUUUCAUCAAUACCCAUAUUAAUAGUAAGGUGCGGUGAUUUAUGUUUAUAAAAUGCACUAUCCAUUAAGUUAAAUAAAAGUAUAAAAAAAGAGCACUAUAUUAAGUACAGCCAAUUUUUAUUAAUUUAAUUUUCAUAAAAUCAAAACCAGCUAAGUAAUUAACAUUCAUAUUCUUAAAGAAUAAAAAGCUGUAAUAAGUGUUUCCUGUAUAUGAUGCACCAUUUGCGAACCGCAGUAACAACACACGCUAACUCAGGGUAAGAUACAGAGUGGAGACAGAUUUAUGUAUGUCAAACUCAACACACAAGAGUCCUAAGUACUAGGUCUACUUUAAAUCUGACACCCCACAUUCAUAGCAACAUAGUGCAGUAUCUGAUGUACAAUUUUCUUUUAAAAAAAUCAUUUUCUACAGUGAUGUCUAUGGUAUAUUAUUAUAUAUUAUAAACUAUUUAGAUAAUACUUUUGUCUAGGCUCUUAUGUUAACUCUGUACAUCAGAAAAAACACUUAUCAUUGAAUAUAUUUGUGAAAAUUUAAGUAUAGAAAUCCUACAUAUAAAAAAAAUAUGUACAGAUGAUGGCUUUUCACCUAGUAUAUAUUAGCCAUUCUUCCACAAAAAUUAUGUUUUUGAGUUUCGUUACAUACUGAAUAUAAGAACAUUUUAAA